AUGGAAACGUUCCUACAGAGCAAGCCCAAGCGGCUGAAGCCUUCAGAUGAAGCACAAGAAAUCGCAAGGACCGCCGACCACGAGGAGAAUGCAGAAGAUACCGAGUUCAAGCUGGCCGUGCUGGCAUCACUCCAUCCGAACGUGAGCCAAGAUGUACACCUGGAGUACCUGUUGGACAAUGGCGGGAGCGCCGUCAAGGCGUGUGAAGCACUUAGCAAUGUGUUCAAUGAUGCGACUGAGAGGAAGAGGAAGCUGCCCGCCACGAUAGGCUACCAGUCAUCAAUCAAUGCAUUUGCAACGAGCGGAAGAGAAUCUCAGGACGCUGGUCAAGAGCCACGCAAGUUGGCGACUAAGAAGGGCAAGACGUUGCACCUCUACUCGCCAAAAGACAUCGAGAAGCAUACACCAUGUUCAAUCAUUCACAACUUCCUGCCCACCGAGCUGGCCGAUUCACUGCUGAAAGAGCUGUUGGUGGAAGCGUCCACCUUCCAAAGAGGCACCUUUCAGAUGUUCGAGCGCACAGUACAGAGUCCGCAUACUUGGAAGUUCUACGUGGACACCUUGGAAGAGCUCAAGCGACAAAAGACGGAGUACACAUACGAUGGCGCAGUCUACGAGUCACAACUCUCACAGACGACACCGGUCAUGCUCGAAGUAUCCGCGAUCGUGAAAGAGACUGUCAACGAGCAGGUAGAAAGGCGAAUGCAGGACUUCCAACCCAAUGGCGAGAGGCUCAAGUUCCAGUCGCCUGAUGCCUGGGAGCCAAACGCCAGCUUCGUCAACUGCUAUGAUGGUGGCAAGGAGAAUGUGGGCUAUCACUCCGACCAGUUGACAUACCUUGGACCACGCACCAUCAUCGGCAGCCUCUCUCUGGGAGUCGGCCGUGAGUUCAGAGUGCGCCGCAUUGUUCCUCCAGACGCCACGCAAGCGGACGAGCAAGGCCAAAUUGCCAUCCACUUACCGCACAACUCGCUUCUGGUCAUGCAUGCAGAGAUGCAAGAAGAAUGGAAACAUUCUAUUGCACCGGCCCAAGCUAUCGACCCGCAUCCAUUGGCCCAGAACAAGCGACUCAACAUUACGUACCGAUGCUACAAGGACUACCUUCAUCCAAAGUAUACACCAAAGUGCCGCUGUGGCGUCUCAUGUGUACUGCGAUGCGUGCAGAAGCGGAAGGUCACCAGGGGACGAUACAUGUGGCAGUGCUACGCCAACUAUACCCCAGGAAAGAAAGGGUGCACAUACUUCGUCUGGGCUGAGUUCGAUGAGGAUGGAAAACCACCGUGGGCUGAAGGCUACAAAGGCAAUGCGAAUGUGCCACUGCUUGAAGAAGAGCCGCCAGAUGAGGACGACACAGUACCUCCGUGA